CAUAUCUCAUGCACAAUGUCAAUUUUACUGUUAUUAUUCCCAUAACCGAGUAGAAUACGCGGAAAGACGUCUCUGUGACAGUAAAAGUUUCGAAACAUUCAAAUAAGGAAAUUAUGCGGAAAUUAUAAUUCUCCUAAAACACGAAUUCUUCCCAUUUUGACUGAAACACUUCAGUCAAAUUUGGAAUCUCCAAAAUUCCGAUUAUGAAUUAUUGUAGAAAUUAAAAAUGAUGGACUUGAGAGAACCAAAAAAGAAGAAGCGUGUCCGCUUACAGGUUCAACCUUCGCUGCCCAUAAGUACAAACGAAAAUGGAGAAUGGAGAAUUUAUACAGCUCAUCUUAGUGCCUCAGGAACUUGCAUCGUUGAUCCAAUUGAGAUGGAUGCCGUUUAUUCAAUGGGAUUUUUUGGAAAAGGAUCCUUAUCGAGGAGUUUCCCAUCCUUUGGUAGAAGGCGUUUUGGAACACCACCAAUUGUGAGAAAUCGUCAAUGGAGAAGGAGACAGCAAUGGCUCGAAGAGUUGGAAAAAUUAAAUGCUGAUGCGAAUCAAGAGAGUUUAGAAAUGGACAUGCAGGGUGGAAUGAACAGUGAUUUGUCAUUAGAGUUGGUAGAAGAAAAACAGUCUUGUCCAAUGGACCUUCAGGCAGAAACUUUGGAGACGUUUUCUGCACUAGAAAAAACAAGAGAGAACAAGAACGAGGAGAAAACAUCUGAAUUGUGUGCCAAAGAAAACUUGGAUGUUGAUUUAAAGAAUGGAGAAAAAUGUGAGGAAACGGAAGAAAAUGUGGACAAUAACUGUUCCUUAGAAAUUAUAGACAGUCAAAUUUCUUUGCAUAUCGACUCCAAAGUGUCUUCCAAAGAGUUAGAAGAGCCGAGGAUGCAAAAAGAUGAUGACUCUCACACGGCACUUGCAGAAGAUCAAGAGCUACAAGAAUUGAAUUCCACACAACCAACGAAACGUUUAGAAACAGUGGUGGAAGAUCUUGUAGCAAAUUCCUCGAUAGAAAACAGCAACAAUAGAAAUAGUCAAGCUUCAGUAAUCUGCAGUGAGUCUACAAACGUCGAAGAAGUUUUAUUAGAUUCGACAGAGGAAGAAGAAAUUUGUGAAAUAGUAGAAAAAGAUCGGAGCAACGAGCAAUCGCCUCUUUCCAACGAGGCUCAUAUUUUCGGCAAUCAAACUCUUGCAGAAGACUUUCAAGGCUUUCGAGAGGAUAGCGGAGAGUUGAGACCUGAAGAAGAAUCGAAUUCGUACGAAAUACUCGUAAUUCCAGACACCGAUUCUGACACAGAAAAUUAUUUGAGGAACGUUAAGCCCACGAUUGAAAAAGACGGUUUUCCAGUCAACGAAACGUUGCACCUAACGUUUGAGGAAACUUUUUUUCUCAUGUACGGCUUGGGAUGCCUCCAAUUGAUGCAUUACGACGGGAGCAUUGUCAGUAUUAACAGCGCCUGGAAUUAUUUUCAACAACAGGACAAAUAUUUCAUUCAGAAGUACAUCGUUUAUCAUUAUUUUCGUAGUAAAGGGUGGAUUGUCAAACCGGGAAUGAAAUUCGGCGGUGAAUUUCUUCUAUACAAGCAGGGACCUCCAUUUUAUCACGCUUCUUACAUCGUCGUAAUAGAAGUUAUGGACGCGGAUACUUUGAUUCGCGACGAUAUGAAAUCGCUGCGGCAAAUAACGUGGAAACAAUUGAUAGGUUUGGAGAGAUUGUCCGAGACAAUAGCGAAGGAAAUUUUGUUUGCACAAAUACUUUGGCCGUCGACGAUCGUACGGAACGGUAAUACGAUAUCUAUCGAAUCACUUUCGGAAUUCACUGUUAGAGAACUCUUGUGGAGGAGAUGGAAUCCCAAAAGAAAGCAAGACGUCAUUAUUGUAGAGGAGGACGAUAGUGAUUCCAUGUGAAAAUUCUUCAUAAGCCAUCGCAUUCACACGCAAUUAAAAUAAUAUUAUACUGAAAACUGGUCGGUAAAUUGAACUCAAAUGUUUCGAUUAUAAAAAUAAAAAGUAUUCAAUUUAAUAGACUCCAACAAAGUGACUAGUUUUUUAUGAAAUAAAGUGAGAACUUUUGGCAGCCUUGUUCAAUAUUGCCAAGGAGCGUUGAGAAUAAUCAGCUGAAAAACUGAAAAAAACUGACUGGCAAUCGACUGAAAGAAGUUUAGGUUUCAAUGAAAGUAUAGCUCGAAAAUGUAGUUACAUUUGUAUAUUUACAGUUCAAAAAACAAAUAUUCAUUCAACAUGGA